AUUUUUUCGAGCAGAUGCAAAUACUACCUGGACUAAUUACUUAAUCAUAGUGACAAAAUAUUACCCAGCAGUUUUUACCACGCUAUAGUUCUAGGCCAUUGCUAUGAUAGUGUCAGCAAAACGUUUUAUACAUGUGACGACAGACUUCGCAACUGGAAAAAUUGAAAAUCCGUAAUAUAUUGAGGCUUGUACCAUACAUGACAGAUUCCAACCAUGUUUUGAGGACAACUCUAACGCGUACAUGAAGUGGAUCUCUGGGAUCCCCGAGGAUGAACUCAGAACUAUUCGGGAGCAACCCGGGGAAGUUGGAGUCCCUGAGCAAAGUAGAUACCAGGAUACUAGGGGACAAAACUAAGAGGACGGGACGACGCAGUGUGCUGUGAAGAUUCGACUGAGACACCAAAGCAACCAAAGCACUGUCUGCAAUAGAUAUGCCGAUUAAGAAUAGUCAUGAUAGUUCGAUGGAAGAACUGAAGGAAUUGAUGAAUGGUGAUGAAUAUUUGUGUAAGUUACACACAGAUGACAUAUAUUUAUCGAGAUAUUUAGAAUGUGUGAAUUAUGAUUCAAAUAAAGCAUUUGAAAAGAUGAAAUCAUUUUAUACAUUUCUGCAAGACUCACCAGAGUGGUUUACAACAGGAUGUCCCAUUGACAAAAAGGAGUUAGUAGAUAAGGACAUGAGGAUAGUUCCAAAAGAGUAUGAUAAAGCAGGAAGGCCCAUCUACAUAUUUAAGCUUGGAAAAAUCGAUCCUAGAAUAAUGGACCUGGCAGAAGACGUUGUACCGGUGGAUGAUUUCUACCUAGAAGCUCUGAUGUUAGAUGACUGCGUGGCCAAGAAAGGGCUAUGUGUGAUUGUAGAUAUAGCCAAUUUUCCUUGGAGAGUCAUGAAAUGGCUGACACCGCACAAUAUAGCAAUGUGUAUUAAAAGAAUACUUACGAUGCCGAUCAAAGAAUAUCGGUUUCAUGUUGUCAAUGAUUCGUUCCUUAUUCAUGCUGCCAUCAAGAUUAUUUGGCCGUUCCUGCCGCAAUAUCUCAAGAAUUCGGUUUUAUUCCAUUUCGGGAAUCUAGAUGGUCUGCAGGAACAUAUAAGUAAAGAGGUUCUUCCUCAUGAGUAUGCAGGGAACAAAGAAAUGGAUUUUGACUAUCAACAAUUCAUCUACGAGAAGAAUUCAUUGAUAGCAAAAAGUUUUAAAAUCAAUAGGAAAAUGUAUUUAGAAAAUGUAAAAGAUGUAAAAUGUAACAAGAUGAAUAAAAAAUAAGUUGUA